AAGAGUGUUAUACAUUGAUCAUCUUUGCAGUUUGCCUAGAUUACUUGUGUAUGCUUGAAACAGUAUAGAAAUGUACUUGUGAUUACAUGUAAAGGUGAAAAAUGUGGCUUUGAGCUCCAUACAGGAGGAGGUGACUGUACCAUGGACUAUCUGAUCAACUGCUGACCAGUUGGGACAGUUUGGGCUGUUUUUCUUGCUAGACUGAGGAUUCUCAAGGAUUAUAUCAUUGUGGACUAAAUCAUUCUUUUGAGGUUCAUGCACCAGACCCAUGUACCGUUGGUGUCUGCAAAUACAGAUGUACAGGAUACUCACCUUGGUUUUACAGAUUUUUCACUCACAGGCAUUAUAAUGGAGGUGGGAGUCAGUCUGCUUCAUUUCCAAAACUGCAGAUGUCCACUCCACUAACAUGGAGUCUGUGAGAGCCAUGAUGGCCACAGCAAAGUACACCCUGGUUGGAGAGACGCUGCGCUAUGUCAUCCCCAGCCACAUGCAGUGCUCCAUUGGAUGUGGAGGGCGCGCAUGCAAGUAUGAAGACCCAUCUCGGUGGAGUGAAGACAAACAGGCCAUCAAAGGGCUCUACUCCUCCUGGAUCACUGACAACCUGCUUGCAAUGGCACGACCUUCCACAGAAAUAAUAGAAAAAUACAACAUCAUUGAGCAGUUUCAAAAGUGUGGUUUGAGGACAGUCAUAAACCUGCAGCGACCCGGGGAGCAUGCCAACUGUGGCAAUCCGUUAGAGCCGGACAGUGGCUUCACCUACCGGCCCGAGACAUUCAUGGAGGCUGGCAUAUACUUUUACAACUUUGGAUGGAAUGAUUAUGGUGUGGCCUCUCUCACAACAGUCCUGGAUAUGGUGAAAGUCAUGUGCUUUGCCAUUCAAGAGGGUAAAAUGGCUGUUCACUGUCAUGCAGGCCUUGGAAGAACAGGUGUGUUAUUAGCCUGCUUCUUGGUGUUCACCUCCCGGAUGACCGCAGAACAGGCCAUUUUAUUUGUGCGAUCUAAGCGGCCAAAUUCUAUCCAAACUAGAGGACAGUUGGUAUGUGUCAGGCAAUUUGCCCAAUUCCUGGUUCCUCUGAGGAACCUCUUUGCCCAUGCUGAGCCUAGAGCCAGCCCUGUCACCCUUUCCCAGUACCUCAUUCGCCAGAAGCAUAUACUGCAUGGUUAUGAAGCUCGGCAGUUGAGGUACAUGCCAAAGCUUGUCCUUCUCAUCUGCAAACUCUUACUGGACAUUGCGGACAACCGGCAGGUUAUCGAGGAGGAUAUUCUUGAGGUCCCUGAUGUCACAUCUGAGGACGAUAGCUCUGGUUCCUUUACCCCAGUGCCGCAGUUUGUCCACCCCAUAAUUGCUGGAGGGCUCACUAUGAUCCAGCCACGGCUUCCUGGUCUACCUGUGAACCCUAGAGAUGCAUCUCAGCCACCUCUUCACUAUGCCCGCAAGAGCAUUAGCUACAGUGACUCAGACCUUCGUAGGCUGGCUGACACACUAAACCUCUCUGGGAACCCUUUGGCUAUUUUAGCCAGUGUUACCCAGGCCAAUACUGUUGGGAAGGAUGCGCCCCAGAGCAACUUGCUCCAACAGGACAGUGCCAAUCCUCAUGGAAGUCUAAAAGAUUUGGCAACCUACGGUUCCUGCAGUAGCCUCUGGGAACUGAAGACAAUGAAGGACCAGAAGGAGGGAUGUGCACUGCUGAACACCCGACGGCAAUCUGUCCUGCAGCGCAGCCAGUCUCUUGGGGUAUCUGACCAUUCAGAGAAGCGGAGUAGCUUCGCCAUGCUAUUGGCAUGGAAGAAAGAUACCAAAGAAAGUGGUGGUUGUGAAGAAACCAAAAACGGUCAGGUGAAUCACACCAGGGAUGAAGAAUCAGAACGACUGUCUGAGAUUCCCUUCAUCACCAUCCAAUCAGAGUUGUCUCUGGAGGCUCGGCGCUUGCUGGUGGCUCAGUCACUGGCAGUGGACCUCUACAAGGAUGGGAAAGAGGAACACAUCCAGAAGGUUUCUGAGUGGCAGACGGAUCUGAAUCAUCAGGGAGCAUGGGAGCGGCUGUGUCUGGAGCGGGACCCUUUCGUUCUCACAGGAAUACUGUGGUCCUGGUUGGAGCAGCUAAAGGAGUCCAUCAUCUCACCUAAAGACAUCCAAGCCCUCGACCAGCCCAACCCAGACCCAAAGACUGUCCUCAAUUCACUCAAUCGGGCUCCUAGAGAAAUACUCACAUGCAUACUGGACUGCUUUGCUCAUCUACUGGUAAUACCUGAAGAGGUGGAGAAUGCAUUUGUUGAGCGAAUAAUAAGGGCUUUUACAAAGAUAAAAAAUGUGAGCGGUGGUGAGGACGUCUAUGAAAUAAUGACAAGAGUCCUUAAGCGUGUUUUACGAGACAUGAGGAGCACCGCCAUGGAAGAGACCCAACAGCUAUAGCAGUGGUAGCGAUUCCACUUAAUAGUCUGCUGAGUGCCUCUUUAUUCAGGUGUGUUUCUUCUAUUCACACACACACACACACACACACACACACACACACACACACACACACACACACACACACACACACACACACACACACACACACACACACACACACACACACACACACACACACAGCCGCUUUUUCUCCUGGGUUGCUGGAGUUGCUAGAACCUAUCCCAGAGGUCAUUGGGUGGAAGACAGGAAACACCUUGGACAGGCCACCAGUCCAUCACAGGCAGACGCAAAGACAUACACAUUCACACCUAGGACUUAUUUAGAAUCUCCAGGUGGCCUGACUGCAUGUCUUUGGACUGUGGGAGGAAAGGGGAGCACCUGGAGGAAACCCAUGGAGACAAGGGGAGAACAUGCAAACUCUACACAGAAGGGACCCUGGUCAACCGGCUGGGGAAUCGAACCCAGGCCCUUCUUGCUCUGAGACCCACAUUUUAAUGACAAAAUCAUAAGCAUUAUGUGCCAUGGCAGUUUAACUUGAAUAAUGUUGCAAUGCUCAUUACAUUUUUGUACCACAUUUGUUAAUAUGCUUUCACUGUCUGUAAUGGAGAAUGAAGAAUUUAAUUCUAAAGAGAUGGAAUGGUUUGUAUUAUAGAUUUUAUUGCUGAAAUAUUAACAGUUAGUGACAUGGUUAAGGCAUACGCAAACAGCAAGAUACCUCUGACAUUUGUCCCUUUAAGAGCCUUAAGAAGUAACACAUGUAAAUUGCUAUAACAGCAUAACUGGUUUAUUGCAUCAGCAAAUAUAAAUGUAACUCUCAAAUAUAAAUAAAG